CAAUGCGGUGGCGCGCCACAGAUCUUUCCCCGGUCUAGUGUUGGCUGUUAGGGGAUAACGCUGAGUGCUAUACGGUCAUGUGAUUCACGUUUUUUUCCCUUUCCUCCUUCGAAGUUGAAAGGCAGGAGCAGAGCGGUGGAGGGGCCCAGCUUGCUUUCCUACUGGUCGUGGAUGCAACGUUUUCGUCCCUAUUCCACCACAUUAUUGCUUGUUUCUCGCUCGGUGUGAUAUUUUCACUCCAACCUUUUCCUUCGCAAUGGCGGGGGCUAUUAUUGAAAAUAUGAGCACCAAAAAGUUGGUGAUAGUGGGAGUUACUCUGCUAUUGUUUCAGGCGUUUGCCUUCAUGGUCGGCGGUUUAAUUGCUCCCAGCCCCACCACAGCGGUCCACUACUUGGCCACCAAGUGCGUGGACACAACCAAGCACCGACAGGAAACCAAGUGGUUCAUGCCUUGGGGUCCUAACCAAUGCGACAAGAUCCGGACCUUCGAUGAGGCCAUGGCCAAGAAGAUCGAGGCCAACAACAUUGUGUUUGCUGUCCACAUUCCUCUGCCUAACAAGGAGAUGAGCCCCUGGUUCCAGUUUAUGCUGGUCAUCCUGCAGUUUGACAUCGCAUUUAAGAUGCACAACCAGAUAGAGGAUGGAUCGUUGGCCACCAUUGACGUGGGCCUGGCCUACAGAGACGACACGGUCAGCGAGUGGACAGAGAUGGCUCACUCCUACGAGCAGAGGAAGCUCACCUGCAACUUCACUACUGCCAAGACCUUUGAGAACGAGGGGCGUUACUAUGAGUGUGACCUGCUGCCUUUCAUGGAGGUCGGCAGCGUGGCCCAUAAGUACUAUCUACUCAACAUCCGCCUGCCCGUCAACGAGCGCAAGAAGGUCAAUGUGGGGAUCGGAGAAAUCAAAGACAUUCGUCUUGUUAGCAUCCACCAGAAUGGAGGCUUCACCAAAGUGUGGUUUGCCAUGAAGACAUUCCUCACACCGAGUAUCCUCAUCAUCAUGAUCUGGUACUGGAGACGGAUCACCCUCAUGAGCAGACCCCCUGUGCUGCUGGAGAAGGUAAUCCUCGCUCUGGGCAUCUCAAUGACAUUCAUCAACAUCCCAGUUGAGUGGUUCUCUGUUGGCUUCAACUGGACCUGGAUGCUGCUUUUUGGAGACAUCAGGCAAGGCGUCUUCUACUCCAUGCUGCUCUCUUUCUGGAUCAUCUUCUGCGGGGAGCACCUCAUGGACCAGACCGAGAGGAACCGUUUCUCAGUGUACUGGAAGCAGGUCGGGCCCAUUGUGUUUGGCUCCUUCUGCCUUUUUAUCUUUGACAUGUGUGAGAGAGGGGUCCAGCUGACAAACCCCUUCUACAGCAUCUGGGCGUCUGAUGUAGGAACGGAGCUUGCUAUGGCAUUCAUAAUUGUGGCAGGGAUCUGUGCCUGUCUUUACUUCCUCUUCCUCUGCUUCAUGGUUUUUCAAGUCUUUCGCAACAUCAGCGGUAAGAGGACGUCCCUGCCCGCCAUGUCCAAGGCCAGGCGGCUGCACUAUGAGGGUCUGAUUUUCAGGUUCAAGUUCCUCAUGCUGGUCACUUUGACCUGUGCUGCCAUGACUGUCAUCUUCUUCAUCAUCAGUCAGGUGAAUGAGGGCCACUGGCACUGGGGAGAGCACACGGUGCAGGUGAACAGCGCCUUCUUCACCGGCAUCUACGGCAUGUGGAACCUGUACGUCUUCGCCAUCAUGUUCCUCUAUGCGCCGUCUCACAAGCGUUACGGAGACGAGCAGUCGAGUGGUCAGUGCAUCACUGGAGAUACCGGGGGAAACAGUGGAGAGGACAUCCAGCUGACUACUACCAUUACCCAUGUGGAUGGCCCCACUGAGAUCUACAAGAUGACUGGCAAAGAGGCCCAGGAGUAGAUGUCCCACUGUUAUUAAGACUCGCCUCUACUACCUACUGCUCCAACCAUCCCCUCCCUCUUAUAUAUGUAAUUCUCUUCACAUCCUCCAGCUCUAAUACAGCAUAAAACCCACCCAGCUUGCAUGUAACCUACCAGUCCCACAGUUGUACUGUUCUCUUCCAGCAUCAACCCCUCAGCUGUGUGACUUGUUUCAUGCAACCGGGUUCCCGAUCGUAUCUCUAAAGACUGGAAUAUUAUCAACACUCCUAACGGUCCUUUUCAUUUCACGGUGGACAUUUUUUUCUCUUCUUACAUUUCAUACUUUAUGUAAACUAUGAUGUUUUUGUUAAUGUUGCACAAUGCUUUUGACACCAAAAGAAAGAGAUUAGAGUGGUCAGAAGUUGCAUUUGGCAGCCGUCAAGACUGUUUUUAAAAUACAGUGUGGUUAAAAUAAAUCAUUUCUAAAGACCUAGGCUUUUGACAAAGAUGGGCAGCAAGAUUUUGUGGAUACAUAUUAGCUACUCGGUUUGAUUUUCUGCUUAAUUACCUGUUCUAUUAUCAGCUAAGGCCUUAGAGCCUGUCACAAAUACAUAUUCUUCCAUAGAAAGUAGAUCACGUUUAGUACUGCUGCCAAUCUUUGGUGGUGGAAACCUUUUUUUUUUUUUUUUUUAAUAUCAUUGGGGUAAUGUACAGACCUCAUAGCCACUUUGGGAAAUGCAUACCGUAUGUUCAUUAUGUUACAAUGUAGAUAUCUAUUUUUUAUGAAGUGCUUUUUUUCAACUUCACAAAAUAUACGCAUCAAGCUCUAUCAAUGUUUUUUGAAGUUGACUGUAGCCUAUUAUACAUGGUUCUUAGUUUGUUUGCUUUUUAUGCUAAUUUAAAUAAAAUAACGUUUUACUUAUUA